CAGCAUUUUAAAUUUUGCACGAGAUCACAUGAGACAGCCAGGCGAUAAUGAUAAUGUAUGCAAUAAUGUAACACUCGUGACAUAAACUUGAAGUUGAGUUUACUUGCAAAUCACAAUCCUUUUCUUGUUACCGAUCUAAUCUAUCAUUUCACACACCCACACAAUAAUAUCAUCAUGCCCCUCCUUUGUUUUCAGAUCCCCUCACAUUUCUCAAUGUAAUCUCCCUCUCUCUCCGGAUCCCCAAUUCACUAUCGAAAAAUGCACAACCCAACUAACCAAAAGCACCACCGCCGUGAACCCAUUUCGCGCCGUCACAUUUCAUGGUGUUGCUCUUUCUCCGACCCGACCCGGAGCCCCGAAAACCCGAAACCCAUCCAGAAACAACAGCCCAUUUCAUCUUACCCAAAUUCCCCCAAACCACCUAGUCUUAGAAACCGGAUCUUGUCUCCGGGUCGGGUCUCGCCCGUUGGCCCGAUUGCACAACAACCCGAAACCCAUGUCAUGCCUGUCGAGUUGGAGGUUCCCAGAUUGCCUGUUGAGCCUGUAAGUGUGUGUAAGGGAGGUGAGGGUAGUUUCGGGGUUUUCGAUGUGAGGUUGAAUUUGAAGGGGAAGAAUGGGGGUUCAGUUGUUUUGGAGUUGAAUUCGGAUGUUUUGAGUAGUAGUAGUUCAGUUUUUGCUGAUUUGAUUGCGAAUUAUCGGUCGGGCUGUGAUGGUAGUAGUGGGAAUUUUUGUAGGAUUGAGGUUCCGGAAGUGGAGAAUUUGAGUGUGUUUCAAAUGACUAUUGAGCUUAUGUUUGAGGAAGAUAUGGUAAAGCGGUUGAUGAAGAUUGGUGUUUAUCGAACCAUUGAUAUACUUGAGGUGUCGGCAGGGAUAGCCUUCGCAAAAGGGAUUUCAUCCUGUUUAGAAUACCUUGAAGCUGUGCCAUGGAGUGAAGAUGAAGAAGAAAAACUAAAAACUUUUUAUAGUAAAUUUAAACUUAAUGACAGUUGCAGCAGAGAUAUAUUGGCCAGACUCUACCCCCUUGACUCUGCAGUUUCUCAACAAACUUUAGCCAAUCAGCUUGUUUGGUCUAUCACAACCUGCAUUGAUGCCAAUUCCAGAAAUGAGCUUAAAUCCCUUGUUAAGGGUCUUCUAUGUAAAAGCUCAGUCUAUGAGAAGGACUAUCCUGAUGUCAACAAGGAAGAUAUGUAUGCUGUUUGCCGCUCUUGUAUUGAUGCCCUGGUUAGUCUCUUUAAAGAGGCAUCCGGUAGUGAUCAGUGUGGAAUAUCGGGUAAAAAAGGAAAAGGGAAAACCUUGAUAGAAUGCAUCUCAAUACAGGUGGAGAAUAUAAAUUGGUUGCUUGAAAUCCUGCUCGACUGGCAAAUUGCGGAGGAUUUUGUGAGUAUAUGGGCAAAUCAAGGAGAAUUGCUUAGCAUGCAUGCACAAACAUCACCAAUGAUUAGGUAUGAGCUUAGUCGGGUCUCUGCAAUGCUUUUCAUUGUUAUGGGAACUAGAAAACUGCAGUGUGCUUCAGAAGCAAGAUUGGGGCUUCUUCAUGCAUGGUUUGGCCCAAUGCUCCUAGACUUCGGUUGGUUGCAGAGGUGUAAAAAGGGGCUAGACAUAAAGGCGCUGGAAGAAGCCAUGGGGCACGUGCUCCUUACCCUUCCUCUUAAGCAUCAGUACACGCUGUUUAUGGAAUGGUUCCGUUGUUUCUCCAGACAUGGCACUGAAUGCCCAAAUAUCAGUAAAGCAUUCCAAAUCUGGUGGCGGCGUUCAUUCUUGAGAGGGUCUGAAUCUAGUGCCGUUGAGUCCAGGUACAAGGAAGAACAUCAAAUCAGAUUAUCCACCCUGAUACGUAUGUUCUGAGAGCGGAAUGAAUAAAUAAUCAAGCCAUUGCAGUGAGCAAGAGGCAACAAACUCUGGUAUUACCUGCAGGUACAAGAAAGAACGUCAUAUCAGAUUAUGCAUUUUCUUAGAAUGGCAUGAAUAAAAAAUCGAGCCAUUGCAGUGAACAAGCUGUAACAAAUUCUAAAAUCUCGGAAGUAAUGUUUCUGUGACAAUCAUAAUCAAGGUUUGUUUUUG